AUGGCGACAUAUAAGAAUUGUCAGCGGUAUCAAAAGGUAGACAUGAUAACGGAAACUAAAACAGAAGUAGUUAUGUUCUUGUCGGAGUUUAUGUUAAUUUGUGCAAGGUGAAGUUGAGAUCAUAUUGUACUGAUUUUCGUAUAAAGGUCGUUUUUCACUAGGCGGAAUUUUGCGCGCGGAGCGGAAUUUCUUUUUGUCUUGUGAUUUCUCAGCUGGAACUAAUUAGAAAAGACAAAAGGAAAUUCCGCUCCGCGCGCAAAAUUCCGCCUAGUGGAAAAUGGCCUUAAUUAAUGAAACGUGCAACCACGAUGAAUAAUAUUUAAUGAAGUUCAUGAGACAAAGGAUUUGUGCAUGGUGAGAUACAGUUCACUGAUCAAUCAAAGCCAAAAGUCUUCUAUUUUGUGGCUUUGACGUUUGCUGGGCUUCCAGACUUGAUUCGUGUAAUCAGAAGCUUCGACGUUGCGGCUUCAACAUAUGUUUUUCAAAUCGAAUCAAAACUUCCCAUUAUCAGUACUUCCCAAAACAAUAUCAAAACAUUGCAUUAUCGAUACUUUUAUAAACCUGACCAUGCAUUUAUGCAAUAUGUGAAACUAGUAUAUAAUAUUUGUUCUUUUUUUGUCAUUUGUUCGUCUUAACAAAUUGACAAGUUCAAUUAUCCGGCUAGAGACGCCGCCCAUAAAGAGUACAAUAAGAAAAAAGAAAAAAAGAAAAAAAAGUCACUGACCAGACACGGUCAGUGAAGGUGGAUAUAAACCAGACGACACUCAGGUCUGAUCAUCCUUGGGUUCCACCCAUCAUUGUCGGGGCUUGUAUCUGAACUACAUCUGAAAAAAUUAUCUCGUACGUGUAUUUUAUCUCUCAAACAUGGGGCUCUAGUGUGGGUAGUAAUCUACAAUGUCUAAGCUACGUGACCGAGUAAACACAUGCCCUGAUGCCGAAAUGCGCCUUCCCCGCCCAGUGACCUAUAAUUAAUUCCAUGAUUCCGAUGCUUUCAGAAAUUCGGGAACACGAUACCCUCACAACUAGUGAAACUAAUAGAUCUGCGCGCAUAUAAGGCUGAAUGUGAGAUCCGUAGCUCCACAAGUUUGAGAACGCAAGAGAGUCAGCUUGAACGCACAGGACUGAAGAAGCUUGGAGUGACGAUGGAUCGUUUGGUAAUAUUGCUGUUUGCUGUGUGUGUAAUCUUCUCUGUUGAAGGUUCCAUUGACAAGCUUUUGAAGGUAUGCACUCAAUGUAAAUAUUACUUUCGUCUGUUCAUGAGCAAACAUAUAGGAGGGGCCUGUACCUGUUUUGCGGGAUGGCGGGAUGCGUCUAAGUGGGAUUCGGGAUUUUAAGAGAAAUAUUGGCGGGAAGUGGGAUUUCAUUCCAUCGAGGAAGUGGGAUUAAUAAAAAUAACAUGGCGAUAUGCGGGGAAGUAAUCCACGAUCAGCGGGAUAAAUCAACAAUGCUGAUUGUGUGCUCGAAAUUUGCUGUUUUCAAGAAUGAUAUCGAACAUUUGUCCCCCAUCAACUUUGUUGUAUUGUAGUCUAAUACAUUCAAAUUGUAUUUUAUGUCGUUGCCAUGUUCUUUGAAUACUUGGUUAUCUAAUUAUCGACUAUUAUCCUAUCGGCGAAAUAAUUGUGGUUUACAUGAAUUACUGCAAACUCGUGAUCACAGCGAAAUUCCGGACUUGCGAACUGUUGUACAACUGCCCAUGCGCAGACGAUGCGCAUGAAUGACUUUGGCUCAUAAAUUUUCGCAACUCAACAGACAACACGUGUAUUUAUAAAGUCAUUUUGUUGGAUAAUAUUUAUACAUAAAUUUUCAAAUUCUACAGUUGAUCAACUGAUCCGCUAGUUCACACUAUAUCACUGGUUGUGAACGUUAGCGUUCAGCGAUAAUAAAGCUUGAAUCUAAAAACUGCGAAUGGAAAAAGUCAAUCGAAAAGCGCUCUUAAUGAUAAAUAGACUCCAUUUUCGAAGGUGAUGCAAUAUAUCGUUAUUUAGCAAACGUCGUGUAUUUCGUAUUUUUUUUGUCAACAGUGUCGUAAUCUAUUUGUGUGGAGGGUAUUUGUCUUUAUUAUUUAGAAGAGAUAUUUUAAAGAUGCGGUACAGUCCGUAUGUAAACAAAGGCUUUGUUUACAUUUCGGUAUCCAAAAUAUUGAAUUUUAUUCGACAACUAUUAAUAUUUUCAUGAUUCUAGAGUAUACUAAAUUAUCAAGAGACAACGAUCAAGCUUUGCAAGAACAUAAAAUGAAAUAAAAACCUAAAUAAACUGUUUGUAAAUAAAAAGAGGGCUCCUUUGUGCACAUGCGCAGAUCGGACUGUACCGCAUCAUUUAUAUUUAUAUUUUUAGUUAUAUUCCUCUAAAAUGGUGUCAUUGCCUAACAGACAUUUCCCUUUUUCAGAUUAAAAGAGAAGCGUCGUUGAGUUCAAGGUUAUCACAAGGUGAGAAAGAUCACGACGCAUUUGAUAUUGUGUGCGAUUGCGCGUUAAUUUUUGCAUGAUUUGCGUAAGCCAUGAAUUGAUGAAUAUUGUAUUGAUAAUUUGUUGUCCUCUUAUAGAUUAUAAACACCUUGAGAUUAAGGAUUAUUAUUUUGCACUAGGCAAAACAAAUAUUUGUACGAUUCCAAAACAUUUUUUAACCGAUUUCGACUAAAAACAUUAAUUAAACCGAUAAUUUGUUGUUUUAGAUACGACGAGCGAUGUUCACAGUAGAGCGCGACGUUCAUCAAAAAGUAGCUAUAUCUUUUUUGACAACAGGAGUGGACGCACAGUUCAGGUACAAAAAUAAAUCAAAGUAAAGUCAUAGUCGUCCCCAUAGGAAUACUGUCGACUGCGUAGUGGGUUUCAUUCACCUACUGUCGUUCAGCAAAUGGUCGUCAAUCAACCAGGGGCGGUUGUUCAAAGCUUUCAGAGCUAUUCAAAGCUAUAUAUACGCGCUAAUCCUAGCAUCUGCAGUUAACUAACGCUUAAUGAAACCCACCAUGACACCAUUAAUAAAAGGUAUGCUCUAAAUUUUUGUACAAUUUACUGUAAUUACGUCUCACUAUGAGAUGAGCCAAAAAUGAACGCAAUAUAGACGAUUUUGGCCUGUGUGCGUUUACGCACAUUGAAACUGGGCGGAUUCGAGCAGAGAUAAUCGUAGGGGCUCGCAUAUGGCAAAUGAAACAGGAAAACAUUUCAUACAGAUUUCUCCUAGCUGUACCUUAAUACUUUCCCAACAACGAAUGCAGGUUGUACUAAAAUAUUUGCAAAUAUCUUGACAGUUAUGGUGGCGCCGUGGAAAACAGUGGCAAAAAUUUGUACAACUUGGAGCGCAUAAAACAAUUGAAAUAAAUACGUUUGUUAGCGACAAAUGGAGAGCAACGGACGCGGAAACGAAUGAAGUUUUUGUGAUAAAUAAUAAAAAGAAAUACAGACCUAAAGUCAACACAGAGGACACCAGAGCUGUCUGUAUCAUAAAACGAAAUGGUUAGAAGAUUAUCUGUUUUAUUUUCAGUAUUAUUUCAAGUCAUAUUGCAUCCAAUUCACCCACCUAUAUAAUUUAAAUGCUUGGUUACCUUUGUUCCAUUCUAUGCUUACAUUACUAAGAACACUGGUAACUAGGCAUGUGAGUUAUCAAUUCACUCACAUAUAUAAUUUAAAUACUUGGUUACCUUGGUUACCUGUUCUAUUCUAUGCUUACAUUACUAAGAACAGUGGUAACUACUACUAGGCCAGUGUGAGUUAUCGGAAUACUACAUGCCAUAAGUUCCAUUGGAUGGCAUAAACACAUGACAAAAACAACAUAAAAAAACUUUCAAUUCUUUGUCCUAUAUUAAUUUCGUCUUUUUCAGGUCAAAGAGACACGGAUAUAAAAGCGUACAUAGAGACGUUAGUGGUCUUGGAUAAAACUGUGCGAGAUCAGUUUGAUAGCGACAGUGAAGCUGAAAAAUAUGUUGAAGUCUUACUCAUGUUGGUAAGUCACUCUUUGUAUAUGUAUAUGAAAGCUAAUUGCAGCAUUUUCAAUCAAUCCAAUCUUUUCCAUAAUCUUCUUUAUCACGCCUUCUUAUCCUUUGUCUCCCUCGUGAAGUCUUUCAUCUUAAAUGCUUUUAAAGGUCUUUAAUAGCAAACGUUUUUCUUCUUAUUUUUAGUCUUCAAAUGCAUAUAAACAUAAAUCUCUAACCCAGCAUGGACUCAAAGUUGAUAUAGUUCCUUCACAAAUAGUGAUUCUAAAG